AUGGCGCCUUCUGUGGUUAUGCUCGAUACCUCCUCGGAUUUUACGUCACCUUCUGCAAAGUUUGCUCAUAAUGGCUCCUCAGCCGCACGUACACUGCUUCUAGCCCCGGCAUCAAUCGCGAGCCACGAAGAAAGAUUACGCGAUGUGCUGGCUGCUCACGAUCGACUCGUCACCGACAUUCAGAUGCUCGAUCGACUCUCUGCGAACCUAGUCUCGCUCCCCGAUGCCACAUACGACUUGAUCCUUGUUCUCACAGACGCAGAUGGCACACGAACGCAAUCGAGACCUCUUUUGAAUCGCAAUGUGUUUGCUAAGCUUGUUCCAGCGCUCAAGGUCGGAGGAAAAUUGAAAGCACAGGACGGUUCUCUCAAACAAGAUAACAACGGUGCGGAUGUGCGCGAGGCAGUACUUGCCGGUCUCCUACCUAGGCCGGAUGGGUUCACGAAGAUGGACGAUGCGGAGGAGGCUGUGCCACUGAAGCUCAGCUUCGGCAAGGGCAAGAAGAAAAGCGCAGUCGGUCUAGCGGCGCCGAGUGUUACAAGCAACCAAGUCAACAGUGCAACUACCAAAUUGAGCUUGGCACCACCAGUCGCAAAGCCAGCCGGCGUUGGCUUUGUGGAUUUCAGUGACGACUUUGGAAUGGAGGAUGACGACGACGAACUGAUCGACGAAGAUACCCUGUUGACAGAGGAGGACCUGAAUCGGCCCAUAGCUAUCCCGGCUGAAUGCGUACCCAAGGUCGGCAAACGGCGGCGUGCAUGCAAGGAUUGCACUUGUGGUCUCGCAGAAAAAUUGGCCGCCGAAGAUGCUGAGAUGAGGGCGGACGCAGACGCCAAGCUUCAAACGCUGAAGCUCGGUAUGGACGAUUUGAACGAGAUGGACUUUACGGUCCAAGGCAAGGUUGGGUCGUGUGGAAACUGCUCGCUAGGUGAUGCUUUCAGAUGUGAUGGAUGUCCGUACUUGGGAAUGCCUGCAUUCAAGCCAGGAGAGGAGGUCAGACUGCUCAACAAUGAGAUACAGCUGUGA